AUGACUAACUCUGCUACGUAUCCCCUCUCCGGAUUUUCGAUGUUCGCCAUUCGGCUAAUCGUCUGUCUCUCUCUAGGUUUGAUCGCAGCAAUCGUCCACAUCGAAGUUGCGAUUUGGGCCAUCGCGACAACGAUUGUGAAGCUUUUCGACGCGAUUGCUGCUGAUCUUGCCCAUGUCCGACAAGAAGCGUCGACUUUUGGUGCGUCUGUUCUCGAAGAGAAGCAGUGCCCGAAACGAGACAACACCCGGAGGCGCAAGAAGGUGCACUUCGCUGAAGGGACAAAACCCCCGAUGCCGGACACUCGUCCGGAGGUGGUGGACAAGGUUACUGAGUGGAGGGCCUUUAGGUUGGAAGCUCUCAGCCAAACCCGCCAUCUGCUGGACACUGGCCGCACCCUCCACGCUCGCGCUCAAGCGUUCCGUCUCUCUGAGGCGAACAGGCGGGCCGAGUUGGGGGGGAAAGCUGGUGGAAGGCCUCGGAUGUCUAGGGAUCCGAGAAGGGUGCGUUCGGUUUCAUUCCGGGCCACUCGACUUGGUUCUUUAGAUCCUCGGUAA